AUGGUUUAAUAUAGCCUAUAUAUUUUUUAAUGGUUUAAUAUAGCCUAUAUUUUUAUUUGAAUUGCAUUGCUUUCCCCCCCUAAUGGAUGGGAUUGAAGGAGAAUGACGCACCACACUGAAAUGAUUUAAAUGUUUCACGUGCUCUAGUGUGGAGGCAUUUUGGAGUGGUCGGACAGCCCACGUCAAGCUCUAGAACCUUUGGAACACCUGAUUCUUCUGUCGAUAACACACUGAUGCCAAGUGGAACUCUUUCUCUCUCAGUUUACGUUUUACUCUCUUUGGCAAUUCAUCCACUGCAACGUUUCCCAUUUAGCUCACCAGACCAGACGCACUCUUGUUUAGUUUUUACCCCAAGGAACUAUUAAAUCGUUUUUCCCUUUUAAGGUUUUUGAAAUGACGAGCCAAAGUACUGAGAGAAGUAGGCCUAUAGGGACUCUGGCGUUGCUGCGUUCCGCUUUGCUGUUGGGUCUUCUUCACAUUGGUGCACCAGAGGCGAGGAGGCUACGGGGCAGCCGCGCGCAACACCGGAGAGCCUCGGCCAUGCCGUCCCCAACGUUAACAUACAGGGACCGGGUAGUAGAGGGGACCGGAGCCGGUGAGAGCUUCCCGUUAGACUUCACCGCUGUCGAGGGGAACAUGGACAACUUCAUGACCCAAAUUAAAAACCUGGCGCAGUCGCUGUACCCGUGCUCGGCGCAGAAGCUGGACCAGGACAUGAGGCUGCACUUCUUGGACAAUUCCUCUGCGACGUGUAACGAUGGAUCCCCAGCGGGGUACUACAUCAAGGGAUCUAAAGGCAGCAAGAGAUGGCUGAUAUUCUUGGAGGGUGGAUGGUACUGUUUCAACAGACAGACUUGUGACACCAGGUACCAGACAAUGAGGAGAUUCAUGAGCUCCCUCAAGUGGCCACGCACCAGAACAGGUACAGGUAUUCUGUCUCCUCAGCCAGAGGAGAACCCCUAUUGGUGGAAUGCCAACAUGGUGUUCAUCCCAUACUGCUCUAGUGAUGCCUGGAGUGGAGCCUCAGCAAAGACUGACCACAGUGACUAUGCGUUCAUGGGCUCAGUGAUCAUUAAGGAGGUGGUUAAUGAGCUGCUUACUAAAGGACUGGACAGCGCUAAGGUCCUGCUACUGGCUGGGAGCAGUGCGGGGGGUACAGGUGUACUACUGAACGUGGACCGUGUGGCGGAGCACCUGGAGUCCCGGGGACACGGGGAGAUUCAGGUCCGGGGUCUGGCUGACUCUGGCUGGUUCCUGGAUAACAAGCAGUACAGAUCUACAGACUGUCACAGCACCAUCAGCUGUGACCCUACCGAGGCUAUCAGGAGAGGAAUCAGGUACUGGGGUAGUGUGGUGCCAGAGAGCUGCAGACAGACUCACAUAGGAGAGGAGUGGAACUGCUUCUUCGGAUAUAAAGUCUACCCCACGCUCAAGAGUCCAGUGUUUGUGGUCCAGUGGUUAUUUGAUGAGGCCCAGUUAACAGUAGAUAACAUCCACCUGACUGGUCAUCCGGUCCACGAGGGACAAUGGAGAUACAUACAGAAUCUGGGCAAUGAGCUGAGGAACACACUCAAAGACGUCCCGGCCCUGUUUGCUCCAGCCUGCCUAUCCCAUGAGGUCAUCACCAGGAAUUACUGGAUGGACAUCCAAGUCAAAGGAACCUCCCUCCCCAGAGCCUUACACUGCUGGGACCGUGGUCUCCACGACAACAACCUCCACCAAAGAUCCUCCAACAACGACACCCAUAACAACAAUCCUAACCCCACCCCCAACAAGGCCCUGCCCCCAGCUUCGCCUCCGAGGCGUUGUCCUCUGCGUCUGAUUGACACCUGCCCCUGGCCUCACUGUAAUCCCACCUGUCCAACUAUACGGGAUCAGAUCACCGGACAGGAAAUGAGCGUGAUCCAGUUCCUGAAACACAUGGGGUUUGAUGUUGCCAAGAUGGCCCAGCAACAGGGCAUGGACGCAGAGAAACUGCUGGGGAUGCUGAAUAAUGGGAACUGAGCAGGGAGAGACUCACACAGGUAGCUGAAAUGAAACGCACACACACACUCUGACACAGCAGGGCCAUAGAACGCUUUGGUGGAGAUGAACGGAACUCAAUGCAACAGAAUAGAAACAGAACUGAACUCUAAGCAACAGAACUGAACUCUAAGCAACAGAACUGAACUCUAAGCAACAGAACUGAACUCUAAGCAACAGAACUGAACUCUAAGCAACAGAACUGAACUCUAAGCAACAGAACUGAACUCUAAGCAACAGAACUGAACUCUAAGAAACAGGACUGAGCAGAAAAAGUUGCUGUGCUAAACUGAACUGGACUCAAUGAAUCUGAAAUCAGAACUUUGACUUGGUGCAACUUAAAACACCUCAACUCUGAACGCAGCUUGAAUAGUGUCUGCAAUGGGACUUAACUCAACUGAAUAAUAAAUCAUUUUUAGUACAACAA